CUUUACGGCAGUCUCGUAAAAUGGCGGCCGCGGAGGAGGAGCCCGAGAAGGAGCAGGAGCCGGAGAGCAGGGGACCGACUAUGUACGCGCCCAGAGAGGACCAGCUGGCGGUAGAAGCGGCUGGAGCGUCGGGGGAGGCGGCUGCAACGGGGCCUACCCUCAUCUGGCAGCCUGGCCCGCCCUCGCCCGGUGAUUCGGCGCAAUCUCGACGCACCUCCCCCCGGCUUCCCGAGGACUCGGGGCGGAGCGACUUCUCCCCAGGCCGCGGUAUCCGACUGGAGGUGAUAAGAGCGAGAGUAAGAGACCCCAUAGAGGUGACUGACCGCUCCCUGCAGCCCAUCCAGGGCGCCAUAGAAGGCUCUUGUGGAAUUGAACCAAAUAAAAGUAUGGAUAUGGGAAAUCAACAUCCUGCUAUGUGUAGGCUUCAGGAAAUACAAAAGGAAGUCAAGAGUAUUGAACAGCAAGUAAUUGGCUUCAGUGGUCUUUCAGAUGACAAGAACUAUAAGAAGCUGGAGAGGAUUCUGACUAAACAACUUUUUGAAGUCGACUCUGUAGAUACUGAAGGAAAGGGGGAUAUUCAACAAGCCAGAAAAAGAGUUGCUCAAGACAUAGAGCGCCUUCUCAAAGAACUGGAGCAGAAUGCAAACCACCCACACCGGAUAGAGAUAGAGAAUAUUUUUAAGGAAGCUCAGUUACUUGUCAAGGAAGAAAUUGCUCCACUCUGUAGUGGAGAUAACCGGGUAACAGAUGAAUUUGAAGAAGCCAUCCAAGAUGUCAUACUGAGACUGACACAUGUAAAAACUGGAGGGAAAAUCUCUUUGCGAAAAGCAAGAUAUCACACAUUGACCAGAAUAUGUGCAGUUCAAGAGAUUAUUGAAGAUUCCAUGAAGAGGCAGCCUUCCUUGCCACUUUCUGAAGACGCACAUCCUUCUGUCUCCAAAAUAAACUCUGUUAUGUGCGAAGUGAACAAAGCCAGAGGGACUCUUAUUGCUCUUUUAAUGGGAGUAAAUAACAGUGAGACUUGCAAGCACUUGUCCUGUGUGCUCUCAGGGUUGAUUGCUGAUCUGGAUGCUUUAGAUGUUUGUGGACGUACAGAAAUAAGAAAUUAUAGGAAGGAAGUAGUAGAAGAUAUCAACAAAUUAUUGAAAUAUUUGGAUUUAGAAGAAGAAGCAGAUUCUACUUAUGCAUUUGACCUGGGACAGAAUCAAUCCAUUUUAAAAAUAGAAGGGGUCCUCAAGAAAAUGAGAGAAGUAAAGAAUGAACUUCUUAAAGCACAAAAUCCUUCUGAUUUAUACCUGGGAUCAAAGACAGAAUUGCAGGGUUUAAUUGGACAGUUGGAUGAAGUGGACCUUGGAAAGAACCCAUGUAUUCGAGAAGCAAGAAGAAGAGCUGUAAUAGAAGUGCAAACACUUAUGACUUUUAUUGACUUGAAAGAAGCUCUUGAGAAAAGAAAGCAGGGGGUUGCUGAGGAACACCCAUCCCACAAAGCCAUCUGGAAUGUUCUUGGAAGCUUGUCUGAGAUCUUGAGAGAAGUUCUUUCAUUUGAUGGAAAUAGAACUGAUAAGACCUAUAUAAGGCUGGAGGAACUCCUCACAAAGCAACUGUUAGCACUAGAUGCUGUGGAUCCUGAAGGAGAGGAGAAAUGCAAAGCUGCCAGAAAACAAGCUGUGAAGCUUGCACAGAAUAUUCUCAGCUAUCUUGACUUGAAAUCAGAUGAAUGGGAAUACUAAGAUACCAGAGGUCACACAUUUGAUAUUGCUUGUUUUGCACUUUAUGUAGAUUUCUAUAUAUUUAUAUAGAGCUCUUUCAGUCUACUGAGGCAUAUAUGAUUUAAACAUGCAUAUUUCAAUACCAGUAUUUGUUUAUGACCCCUGACUUGAGCAGAUUAUAUAUCUACCAUUUUUCAUGGUGCAAAAAUAGAUGUAUUUACAACCCAUUAGCAUUUCCAUUUGGGUUGUAUUAUCUGUAUGAUGUGUAUUUUUAUUAUUCUGGAGAAAAAAAAAGAGUUGUGUUAGAAGCAGACUUUGUAAGAAUUGAUCUAUUUUUUAAAUGGAUAGUGCAAAAGUAAAAAAUGCAGAUGUUUUGAAAUCCAGAUAGCCGCCUUACUCAAUACUGGAAAUAAUUAUGAAAAUGAGAAAUAGAUUAACUUGAUUAAUCCUGAUAAUAAGAUUAAAAUCCAAACACUAGAGCAGCACAAAUUUUUUAAUAUGCUAAAUAAAAGCAAAAAGGAAAACUAAUUUUUUUAAAUUUAGAAAUGUUGAUUUGUUUUUCCAUUUUAGUAUUUGUUGUUCAAAGAACUUUUUUUUUCUUUUUUGGUAAAACUUUGUAUUUAAAAUAAUAUUUUUUUCCCUGUGCUAUGCAUGGGGAACAACAAGGUGGUCAACAAAUUAUUUCCCUUUUUUCUAAUGAAAUUAUGAAAACUAAUAGCAAAAAAGGGGAAAGUUAUAGAUUGUAUUGAAGAGGAGAUAAAGUUCUCCAAUACUUUUAAGUUUUUGUCUUUUUUUUUUUAACUUUGUAUGUUAAAUCUGAGUUGAAUGCUAGUAAUUUGUAUGAAUUUAGUUAAGUUUUUGAUCUUGAUUGGGGGAAGGAAAAACUUGUGGAGACUAGAAAUGAGUAACUUGUUAUCAAUGGCAAGUUAUGCUAAGAGACAGAAAACAUAUAUAUAGUAUGUAAUGGUUUUCUUCCAUCUGACAGUCAAGGUUAUGUAAUGGAUAAAUUUGUUAAAUAAACCUGUUAUUUGGCAACAGAUAAUUGCAAAACACAGCCACUGACGUAGAUUUCCCUUGACUUGUCAUUAUAAGAAAUUAAUUGCCACUGGAAAAGAGAUGUCAGCAUUUUAAGCACCAAACUAAAAAAGGAAAAAGGCUUUAUUGAAAUAGUGUUAACUUGGGUAGUCAUUAGAUUGCUGGGAGUAAUUUUAUUUACAUGUUGAAGCUUUUUUUAAAUUCUGAAAUAGACAUUAAAAUAAUUGGAAUGCUUGAAAGUUUUCAUAAGAUUCCAUAAGUAUUUUUUCUAAAUUUGAUUCUGUUGUCUUGCCAGCCCAUUCAAAAGAAUUUCUGACAAGUGAAGUGCCUUUUUAUCAUCUUAAAAGUAGUAUCAUCCUUAAAAGUUCCCAUAUUCUAUAUGGGACAAACCAGACAUUUCUAUAACAUUUCCCUCAGAAAAUAUUAAAAACCUAUUAGGCUAUAUAGUUUGGACUAUAUGUUAAUAUUAUUUCAAAUGUUUUUGUAGGAAAAAAACUGUUGGCAAAGGAAAAAUUUUAAUAAAAAUACCACUCUAAACAAGUGGUUAGCUUUUGUUUUUUGGUGAUUUUACAAAAAGGUUGUUGGCUGUCUUUAACUUGAUGCUUCAUUUAUUUUUUCCAUUUUGUCAGCAUUAUAUAACAGGAACCUGGAAAACAGAUGCAGAAGCAAUCUGUAUAUGAUAGCUUCUUUGCCCCAGUGUUCCCCAGCCUGUCAUAAUAUUGCUUUUAGUUUGUAUUUUCACUUUUUUCCAUUGUUGCCUCACUGACUUUUUUAAUGGAUCAUUUUAAAUUUUAAAGGGAUUAUAAUCCCUGAACUACAAUAUUGCCUGCUAAUUGAAUGUGCCAUUUUCAACCUCUGAGAAAUAAGAUGUGACAUGAUAUAUUUCUAUCACCCCAGUUUUAUUUUAAUUUUGCAUUGUGUCUUAAAAGGGGGGAAGAGGGAUUAUUCAAGAUUGAAAUAUAUCCACUGACCUUUAGAAUAUAGCAUUUUUUCAUGCAAUUUUUUUUUUUAAAACUAUUUCCCAAGACUUAUUAAAGAAAUAAUCUCAUUUAAAACUGCUUUUAGUAUAAGGUACUCUGUGUAUAUAUGGUGCUGAAUUUGCCACUUGGUUGAAAUUGAUCACGGAAUUAUUUUGUCCAUCAAAACUUUGAGAGCUACCUUGGUUGUUGGGGGAAAAACUGAAAGUGAUCUGUUUGGUUAGUGUUUAAGCAUGCUUUAUUUAUAUUAACCUAUUCCUUCUUGCCAAGGACUCAUUCCUAUUGUACUUACUAGUAUAAUGAAAUCUAGUAGCAUACAGGUUAGUUUUUCUAUUUUACUUACUGGAAACUGGUUUGGGUUGGAAUGGAAUUUGCAAGUUUGGCUCAUUAUACUAUAUUUUAAUAAUUUUUGCAUGAAGAAAUAUUGUAAACUAAGAACAAAAUAUAUAUAAAAAAAAGGUAUGGCCUGUACUUGUGUUACUGAAUAGUCUUAAAACAUUUAUAUAUUGUAUUUAAUCUGUGUUCAUAACUAGAAUGGCCAGAGGGUUUUUCUUUUCUUUAGCUUUUUUAGAUAUUUUAUUCAACUAAGUUAAAAUGAUCCAGACCACAAGGAAGUAGUUAUUAGAAAUAAAUAUAUUUACCAAAUAGAAUUUAAAUGAAAUGCUUCAAUGUUGUUAAAAGUGAUGUGGUACAAUAUAUUUGAAGUAGUGGCAAUACAACAUACAUUUUGUGUGUUUAAAAAAAUUGUGAAAUAGUUUGUGGGGAAGGGAGGUUUCCAUUUGUCAAUAAUUUUCUGCAUUUUUUGGUGCAGGUUUGUGAUUGUCUUGUUUAUUCUGCAAAUUUAGGAUUUUCUUGGGAGUCAUUUAAGCAUUCAAAUGACCAGAUCUUUCUUUUUUCUUUAAAAAAAAAUCCAUUGGGAAAUACUUGUUAAAUGUAUAACUAUACAUAAGUAUUUGUACAGUGUUUUUUUUUUCCUACUCCUUCUUGACUGUAUAAUAAAUGUGUCAAGAUAA